AGGGCAGGAGAUGCCAGGUUAGAAGCACUUGGACACUCAGACACACAGGUUCAGGGCCCUCGCCUGGACAGGCCCCCUCCCCUUCCCUCCUUUCCUCUGUGAGCACCACCUGCUCCACUUCUGGCUCAAGCCCCUCCUUCACCCUGGGGCCUGGGCUGCCUGGGAGACUGGAGAGUCAGCCCUCCAAACCUGUAGCAGAUCCAACCCAAACAGUUGCCUCGACCUACUAUCAGCCUCCGCCUGAAUUAGCAUCUUAGCACAGCAUCAAGCCCGAGCUCAGCCCCAGCCCCAGCCCGGGUCCAGCCACAGCCCAGGAUCCAGCAUGGCGAGGGACUUUCAGGACAUCCAGCAUCUGGGCUCUGAGGAGAACGACCACCAGUUUUGCAGAGGUGAGGGCCCAGGCACUCGCGGGCGCAGUCCCAGGAGAGAAGAUCCAUUCUGGAAAGGGAUGCCGCCUCCCCAGCCCUUUGUCCUGCAGCGUCUCUGCUCCCAGCUCCGCCUCAGUCUGCUUGUCCUGGGCUUCAACAUCCUGCUGCUGGUGGCCGUCUGUGUGAUGGGGUCCCAAAGAGCACAGCUGCAAGUGGAGCUGCAGACUCUAAAGGAAACUUUCAGCAACUUCUCCUCGAGCACCUUGAUGGAGAUCCUGGCUCUAAGCUCCCAUGGAGGCAGCGCCGGUGACAAGGUGACAUCUCUGGAAGCCAAGCUGGAAAAACAGCAGCAAGACCUGAAAGCAGAUCAUGCCACUUUGCUGCUUCAUCUGAAGCACUUCCCGAUGGAUAUGCGCACGCUGGCUUGUCAGCUGGCAUUCCUCCAGAGCAACGGCACAGAGUGCUGCCCCGUGAACUGGGUGGACUAUGAAGGCAGCUGCUACUGGUUCUCUCGCUCAGGGAAGCCCUGGCCUGAGGCUGAGAAGUACUGCCAGCUGGAGGACGCCCACCUGGCGGUCAUCAACUCCAGAGAGGAACAGAAAUUCAUUGCACAACACACGAACCCCUUUCAAACCUGGAUAGGCCUCACUGACAGUGAUGGCUCCUGGAGAUGGGUGGAUGGUACAGACUAUAGGCACAACUAUAAGAACUGGGCUGCCACUCAGCCAGAUGACUGGCAGGGGCACGAGCUGGGGGGCAGCGAGGACUGUGCUGAGAUCCGGGGGGACGGCCGCUGGAACGACGAUUUCUGCCAGCAAGUGAAACGCUGGGUGUGUGAGAUAAAGCGGAACAUCACCAUCUAGGUGUCCUGACCUCCAGCAGACCUCUGACCUCCAGCAGACCUCUGACCUGCAUCCUGCCUGCCUCCAAGUCCUCCACUGGGCAUUUUGAAGAAAGGAAGAAGAGAGUCCUCAGAGGUGUGGGGAGGGGUUGAGGAGAGAUAGAAGGGGGUGGUUGAAGAAGCUCAGACCUUGGGGAGACUGAGAUCCCGCCUCCUUCUGAAAGUCACUGUAAUUACUAUUAUAAUUUUUGGCCUCCUCAGUGGAUUAGGAAAAGGACAGAUACUUGAAACUCUGCGUGGUUUGGUUAUUUGGAACUGGGAACUGUAGGGUACAAAGAAGAGGGAGGGAGAGGGUCUGGAAGAGAGAAAGCUUAAGUG